UAUGGCAACCAAAAAUUUUAUUCUUUGAAACUUUAUCCUGCUGGCUAUCUUGUAGGCUACUUUAAUUGUACGCAUCGUAAUCUGUGCGCCGGUGUCCUACUAAAUAUCAAUACUUUCGUUUGUUUGUUAAGCGGCGAUCCUCAUUAAUGCUUGAGAUGGAUAGACGAGCGCUCCAUUAUAUUUUCGCCUUGUAUUCCUCCCAUAAUGGUGACCUUUUCGAGCUGUUUAUAGCCGGUAAACAGCGCGAGCCUAAUAAAAACAGUCAUGAAUCCGCGCGCGCCAAGCAGAACCACAUGAGUGCGCGCGGAGGAGCAGCGCUUAAAACCGCGCAGCAAGGACAGGAGACGGCUUCGCGUGCAGCGGCUUCAACGACAACGAGGGGUCUGUGCGGAUACAGUCCACCUAUAAUCACGGAGCUUAACGAUGGACCUUUGCGCAGACUGCAUUUGGCGUACGGCGAGGUGAGCGCGCAGCACGCACCGCCGAGACGAUGAGGGAAGCUACGAGAGGUUACGAGGAGAAAGGGUCAACGGUAACCUCGAGAUCGAUGAGCACGCGUUAUGCCGAGGGCUGCCGAAUGGGUGCUGUCGGAAAAUGACGGGUUUUGAGCGCAAGAGCCGUGUGUAGGAAUACUGUGGGCUGACUGUGGAGCGUUGAGGACGGUUCCCCAAUGGAAUGCAGAAAAGACAGCGCAACUGCCGCAGUGAAUGAAGUUGGUUCGUUAACGCACGUUGCUAACAGUACGCUUAACCAAAAGAGGUAACGAAAUGCAUCAAAAGAAAGAAGAUCUGUGAACGAACUCUUAUUUAUUUGAGCGUCCGCGAAGUGCGUCCUCCCGAUUUGAGCACGAAAAAAAAGACGCACGCUCGCAAUUCGGGUUAUUGUUUUGAUUUGUUGAGCAGUUUUCCAAGUGUCUUCUUGCUCGCUAGUGUUCGCCGGCGGUCCUGAUCGGCGCGGGAUGGUGGAGACGCUGAGCAUCGCCGUCAUCGGAGCGCCUGGAGUCGGGAAAACUUCUAUCAUCCGGCAGUUUAUUUACAAUGACUUCUCGGAGGCUUACACCCCAACCCAAACGCGAUACGUGUACAGACCCUCGGUCAUUCUUAACGGUGUUAUGUACGACCUGAAGGUUUUGGACGUCCCGCCAAUUUCCUCCUUUCCUUCAAGCCCAAGUCAGGAGUGGCUGGAUGCUCGGUGCAGAGGGUCCAUGGCCAAAGCAUACAUUCUGGUCUAUGACAUCUGCUGUGUGGAGAGCUUUGAGUACGUCAAGAUGAUCCGACAGCAAAUUGUGGAUAGCAGAGUGGGCAGCAGUAGUGAGGUGCCCAUCCUGGUGGUUGGCAGUAAGCGGGACCUUCAGCGGCAUCGGUUCACCCAGCGCAGGGCCGUGUCUGUACUGGUGAAAAAAACCUGGAAGUGUGGCUAUGUUGAGUGCUCUGCUAAGUAUAACUGGCAUGUGCUUCUGCUCUUCAAAGAGCUCCUGGGAAUAGCCGUGGCACGAGGACUGCGUCCGAACCACACGUCUAUCCGUCUCCAAGGGGCAUUGCAGAGGAACCGCUGUAAUGUCAUGUGACAGAUAUGUAGCCUUUUUUGAAUUUAUGCUUAUUUAGGACCAGUUUGUUUUUUCAGAGUCUUAUUUAUCUGAAUUUAAGUGGUCCUAAGUCAGUAUUGAACGUCAACUUUGCUGUACCACGAGGAUGGAGCUUUGGGAAUAAACUGUUAAUCAAAAUGGCUGGAAUAUUACCACCUAGGGGCCUCUGUAACCGAUGCAUUCAUCUGAAGGAUUACCUUAGGUACCGAUUUCAUUUUCUCCAGUGUAGUCUAACAAACAGGAAAACGGAAGCAGAUAAGGAUUUCUUUUUUCGUCAUACCAAAGUCUGUCAGGGUCAGAAUAAGAUAUUGCAUCUGACUCAGUACAGAGCGCAGUUUGUUUCCCCUUCCUGCUCAGAUUUAAAUUCAGAUGCUGUGGGUGCAAGUGUGACAGUUUUUAACUGUUGCUUGGAAACUGCUUUUAUGAAGGAUGUACUUAUUGUUUAGAAAUAAUUAUGA